AUGGAGAAUCUCAAAUCUACCGUGCUUGCUUCCAGAGCGUCUGGGACAUUCGCAAAUUACUUGAGGGCGUUUAACAAGUGGAGACCCUUUGCUAGUGAUGUCUUGGGUACCUCGGAGUUUCCAGUCAGACCAAUCGAUUGUGCCCUCUACUUGCAACACCUCCUCGAGUCGUCCAAGUCCGUCGCUUCCAUCAACUGCGCCUUUUACGCGUUCAAGUGGGUACAUCUUCUUGCAGGCGUCGACUCUCCAACAUUACAACCUACUGUUAUUGCCGUAAAGGAAGGAGCUGUUCGCCUUGCCAGUCAGCCAAUAGUCAAU